AUGAAAAAUCCAAACAAAAUAGAUGAUGGAGCAGCCUAUACAGUUGGGAAAAUUAAUGGAGAUCAUUGUUCUUUACCGAAAGAAACAAAAGAUUCCAAGCCAAUGAUCGACAUAUCGGAUCAGACAAUUGAAAUUUUGAUGACAGAAUUAAACGAAGAAUCAAUGAAGAUUUUUCAUCGUUUAACAGGUGGAACUCGUAUAGACAAAAUGACAGGCUUGGAUAAUUUAUAUCCUUCAGCAAAACUAGAUUCUUAUUUAUUUGAACCUUGUGGAUAUUCAUCCAACGGUUUAUUAGAUGAUAGUUAUUUUAAUGUUCAUGUAACACCCGAACCAAUUUGUUCUUACGCUUCUUUUGAAACAAAUAUUCCUCUCACAAAUUCUUCAUUUGCUGUGGAAUUAAUUGAAAAUGUAAUUUCCAUUUUUAAGCCUCGCAAAUUUACAAUGACAAUUUUUGCAACUCAAGAUGACAAGAAUUUUGAUAAGGAUACUUUGAUUAAUACAACUAAUUCCAUUAAUGGUUAUAAUAGAGCUGAUAGAAUUUUAUAUGAGUUUGAUGGUUACAAUUUGGUUUUUGGGUUCGACAUUGUAAUACCUUUUCCUGCUCAAAGAUAUAACCUAUCGAUAAAACAACCAUCACCUUUAUCGUCAUCGUCAUCGUCAGUAACAUCUGAACAGCAACGUCAAUUAGAACCUUUGCCAACAUUUGGACGUUCCGCUAAUGACGAUUCUACAUUAUCAAUUUUAAUAGCAAAUACCAAACAUAUUUGGCCAAUUUUUGUCAAUAAAUUUUCUUUGACCGACGAGAAAAAAAUCGAUAAAAAUCCAUUGGACAAAUACACCAAGCAAUCUGUAGAAAUGGCGAUAAACGAAACAUUGUCUAGUUUUUCUCACAAUUCCGAUGUCGAAAUUAACGACAAACAUACAGCAGUCGAUUACGAUGUCAGGUACACUUUUGAAUUGGAACCUAAAAAAUUCGUAGCAUUUCAACAGUUAUGUCAAGAUUCAGGAUUCGCCUAUUAUAACAGAGUUUGUUUUUUAAAUGUUCACAAAGAGAUUGGCCCUUGGUUUGGUUUAAGGGCUGUUGUUACAUUUAAUAUUGAUGGACCUCCAAAUAUACCCGAAUUAUUUCCUGAAUUAAAAAAUCCUUAUCCUGAAGGUGAUGAGCUUUUAAAGAAUAAAUUAGCGGAAAUUUUUGGGUCACAAAAUCAUAGUUAUCAUUGUCGGAAACCUAUAACCAGCACCACUGUUUCUGCUACUGCUACCACGACAACAACCACCAAACAAGAUAUUCAAAAAGAAUGGCACAAGUGGGUGGAAUUAAGAGACAUGGCCAGUGAGUUUAUGAGUGAAGAAACUCUUCAAAAAUACAGAUACUCGCAAGAUCAAAUGGAUUAUCAUUACACGAAUAAUAUUGAAAUCAUCUUUUCAAAGAAAAAAAAAUCAUCAAGUAGUCCAAAGAUAGAUAUCUAG